GCUUUCAACGGACUGAUGAUGGAGGUGUGCGAAUCGAGGAGAGCAGGGACGCGAGCCGAUGGCGAGGACGAGGACGAGGACGAUGAGCUAGUGGGCGAGGAGCAUGCAUGGCAGAUACGAAGGCUCCAACUCAUCAUGAAAGAGUUGCAACAGGACUGCGAUCGUCUGCGAGCAUCGCUAUGCAUGAGCGAAUUUCAACGUGGGAUGCUGGAGUUGGAGCACGAACAGAGAACAAGUCAAGUGAAGGGUCGGUUUGCUGAGAUUUACAAGGGCUUGAACGAACUACACGCAAGAGAUUGUGAUAGCAUGCAUGACGAGCUACGAACCAAAGCUCAUGAGGUUCGGAGCGAGCACGAUGCGUGCAAGGCCUCGGUCAGCCAGACCGAACAGGCCAACAAGAGGUUGAUGGAGGACAUUGACUCUGCAGAGCACACUAUCGUGUCUGUGGAGAGCGAGUCUGAGCAGGUAAAGGAAAGGAUCAGACUGUGCACUCUCAAGCUCAAACGUUUGGACUUGCGAAGGACUACACUUGAAGCUCGGGCCCAUGAAAGCCAACUGAAGUCAACGUCCCUACAGAACAAGUGUAAAGAGGUGGAGGAGGAGAUUGACGGUCUCAGAAGCUCAAUACGUCAUAAUCAAGGUUACGCGCGACAUGUCUCUUCGAUCAGAUCAUCUCGACCCUUGUAGAAAACAGCUAAAUUCACUUAUCAGAAAAGAAAAUGUGACAAGCAAAAGAUGGGGUGCUUCAAAUCCGACACUCGAACAACAUCUAUACGAGUUCCAUGAUUGAAGUAAUGUUGUAGGCUCGCUCACUCGAUCCGUGCAUGUUUGAGCAGGUGCCGCCUGGGCGAUGUAGACCAUUCCUGACGAUGCCAUGCCACUGCCGAAGAAACUCCAACAGAUCCAUUUAGUUUUGCUCAGUUGAGCGGCAUGCAACUUUCCAAGGCUGCUUGCUCUUCACGACACUUUUCAAAAUGGCAGUGGUUUUUAUCCAUACAACGAGCAUAUGCCGUGAGCUGAGCUGGACAUUUUGCAUCGACACUGCGCACUACUCUAUUGACACAAUCAAUGACCUCCUUGCCUUGAUUCAAACAAGAUCUGGGAUUUCUAUCAUCUUGCUUGCACUGCAUGAAGAACUUGUUCACAGAUUGCAGCUCUCCUCAAUGUGCUUGUUGGUUGCAUAGAGGACAGGACCCA